AUGGCCGAGCAUAUUCCGACAACCCAAAAAGCCGCCGUCUUCAGUAACUAUGGAGGCAAAAUCGAAAUCAAAGAAGUUCCCGUCCCAGAGAUCGAACCCGACGAUAUGUUAGUUAAAAUACUGUACACUGGAGUAUGCCAUAGCGACCUUCACAUCUGGCUGGGCGAUUUUCCAUUCCCGACCAAGCCCUUACCAUUGAUUGGCGGUCAUGAAGGGGCUGGAAUUGUAGUUAAAACUGGUGCUAAUGUCAAGAACUUCAAGGUCGGAGAUCGCGCCGGGGUCAAGGUAAGAUUACCUCGAAAUGAGUGCAGUUAUGAUUGCAGUGGAUUAACGCGACUUGUCUUUGUUGUGAGUACUGUAAACGAGGCUAUGAAACAAACUGUGAGAAUAUGAUUAACAGUGGAUUCACUCGGGACGGAACUUUCCAACAAUAUGCUGUGGUGAGAGGAACUGAAGCCGCACCAAUCCCAGAGGGCUUGGACAUGGCAAAGGUGGCGCCGAUUUUAUGUGCAGUAAGUUGUUGAUAAUCCCCAAAAAAAUUGAGGCCGCAAAUCAUUUUUUCGGCUCUCUGCCGCAAUUUUAGUAGAUCUAUCUCACAUAACGCGUCAUUCCAGGGAGUCACAGUCUACAAAGCUCUGAAGACUUCGAAAGUGAAAGCCGGACAAAUUGUGGCCAUUACCGGUGCCGGCGGGGGCCUUGGCUCCUGCGCCAUCCAGUAUGCGAAGGCUAUGGGAAUGCGGGUUCUGGCCUUGGACACUUCCGCUAAGGAAGAGCACUGCCGCUCUCUUGGUGCUGAUCUCUUUUUGGACCCAUUCAAGUGCCCUGAUAUUGUGUCAGCGGUUCAAUUGCUCACUUCCGGAGGACCCCACGGAGUUAUUAAUCUGGCUGCUUCUGUUCGCGCCAUGGAUGACGCCGCAAAAUACGUGAGAACUCGUGGAGUUGUGGUGCUGAUUGCUUUGCCACCAGACGCCAAAAUGAGCAUUGAAGUGAUCCCUAGCAUUGUGAGGACGAUUACUGUAACCACAUCUGCUGUUGGAAGUCGUCAAGACGUUGAUGAAGCGUUGGAAUUCUUCGCCAGGGGACAAAUCAAAAUCCCGGUGGAAAUUGCAACUCUUGAAGACUUGCCAAAGACAUUUGAAAGAAUGCAAAAAUGCGAAAUCUCGGGAAGAGUGGUGUUGGAUAUGUGGAAGUAA